AUGGCUCAGACAAUUGGCACUUCAACGCGUGCCUUGCACGCGGAUGAUACGCUGAACGUUGUUUCUGAUGUCGCCCCUCCUAUGCAUCUAUCUACUACUUUCCGUUACUCUGAUGAUCCCGCCGACUUAUUCCCAGUGACUGAUCUUAGCAAUACCGGAUCCGCUCCGACUUCCCACAUCUACUCCCGUGCCUCGGCGCCUAAUCCUACUCGCUUCGAAACUAUUCUCUCAGCCCUGCUUAAUGGAACCGCAAUCAGCUACUCCUCCGGUCUUUCCGCCCUUCAUGCUGCCCUGACUCUGCUUAAUCCUCGCCGUAUCUCCGUCGGCGAAGGCUAUCACGGCUGUCAUGGCGUGAUCGCCCUCUUCACCCGUCUCACGGGCCUCCAGAAACUUCCUCUCGACUGCACUGCGGAUCAACUCGAAGCUGGCGAUAUAAUUCUCCUGGAAACACCACUUAACCCGAAGGGCACCGCAUACGAUAUUGCCUCCUAUGCCAAAAAGGCGCACUCCCGCGGCGCGUAUAUCAUUGUUGACGGUACAUUUGGCCCGCCGGGCCUACAAGACCCCUUCCUCUGGGGUGCCGACAUUGUUAUGCACUCCGGCUCUAAAUACUUUGGCGGCCAUAGUGACAUCCUCUGCGGUGUUCUCGCAACCCAGAACAAGGAAUGGUCCAAGCAACUUUUCAAUGACCGUGUCUUCCUCGGUAGCGUAAUGGGAAACAUGGAAUCAUGGCUCGGCGUCCGCUCCCUCCGCACACUGGAAGUCCGUGUCCAGCGCCAAAGUGAGAAUACAACUCGACUCGUUCAAUGGCUUGACUCUGCUUUGCAUGCUCCCAAUCCUGCACCCGGUAGUGACGAAGAAGCUGUUCAGGCCGUGCUGGGGGAGAUCUUCCAUGCUAGUUUGCAACAAGAUAAGGGUGAUUGGUUGGCGAAGCAGAUGCCUAAUGGAUUUGGUCCUGUGUUUUCCAUUUGCAUGAAAGAGGAGGAGCUCUCCAAGGUCCUUCCGUCGAAACUGCACUACUUCCAGCAUGCUACUAGUCUUGGUGGUGUGGAAUCGCUUAUUGAGUGGCGUACCAUGUCGGAUGCCAGUGUUGAUCGGCGGUUGCUCAGGAUUAGUAUUGGAUUGGAGAAUUGGGAGGAUUUAAAGAAUGAUCUUGUGAAGGCCUUUAAGGUGUUGGCCGCUUGA